GCCAGGCAUUUGUAUUUGUUUUCCUUAUAUGGUUUUGAGGAAUGAUUGUGUAUUUUUGUGGCUAUAAUCCAAGAACACUUAUCGUGUUUUUAUUUUUUAUCCUUAAUUUUGGUUUUGGAUAAUUUCUCACUUGAUCUGCAGAGCGGGUGAGCGGGACGCAAUGGUUCACUUUGAUGCUCUACAAAUUGGGGAAGUUUUCCAUUGUCUGCGCCUUCUCCCUGAAGCAGAUCCUGCGGUUGGUUGUCUUUGUAUUUGGUCUCCCUCCUCUCCUCAUGCAGCUCCUCCUUCUUGCACAUAAAAGCCUCAGCAGUAUGUAUCAAAGUUGUGAGCGACAUUCACCCAGCCAACAACAAGUGAAGGUGCUGUUGCCUUAUUAUUGGACCAGCGCCGGCUGUCGUAAACGGGUGCAAAUGGGGACCAGACGCUUCCGUGAGCAGGAGUUGACCACUGACCAAAGCACAUACAUGGCCAAUGUCCCACUCAAACUUUGGAAACGUGUCAGAGAAGCAACCUAAUGUAAGGCAAGGCAGUGGACAAAGAAGUCGACUUGGCAAGGAGAACAAAUCCGAACACUAUGAAUCCUAAAAUCCUCCAUCACAUCCACCUACUCAUCACUGUGUUCCAUCUGGCCUGCGGUGGCGCAUUCUCCAGAAGCAAAACAAAGUCGCAACAACACCAGGUCCAACUACAGUACAAUGAUGGCCAUCCACAGCAGCCCUUCAUAGGGAAUGAGAUGCCUUUAUUGGGUCAGUACGGUAUGGAGCUCCCUCAGCUUCCAUUUGAACUGGGCAAAGAACGGCUAUCGACAGAACGCAAAGGACAAACAUUCGCCAGAGGAGCCAAAGGUCCACCUCCCCCUGGUCCCGAUGGAGAAGGCUACCGCAUUGGACCUCAGGGAGUUCAGGGCCCACCGGGGCCUCCAGGACCACCAGGGCUGCCAGGACAGGGAUUGCCAGGAUUACCAGGAAAAGCAGGUCCUACUGGUCCUCAAGGGUACCCAGGAAUAGGGAAACCAGGAAUUCCAGGAUUGCCUGGGAAACCAGGAGGACCUGGAUUGCCUGGGCCACAAGGUGUCCCAGGACCUAAUGGUCAUGAAGGACCAAAUGGUCUUCCUGGUCCUCAAGGACUUCCAGGUCCACCUGGCCUCCCUGGAAUUUCAAAGCCAGGAGGUCAAGGUCUGCCAGGGCAAGUGGGCAUUCAUGGGGAGCCAGGCCAAAGAGGUUCUUCAGGGCCUCCUGGCCAACCAGGCCCCAGAGGAGAAAAAGGACUUGGCAUACCUGGUUUGCCUGGGUUGAAAGGACCUACUGGACCCCCAGGGCCACCUGGACAUGCUGGAAUUCCAGGGAUUGGCAAACCUGGUGUGAGUGGUCUUCCAGGAGAGCCAGGAAUGCCAGGAAAAGCUGGACCUCAUGGUGGACGAGGACCAGUGGGACCACCUGGUGAGAGAGGCCACCCAGGGCCACCUGGCUCAAUGGGAAUUGGAAAACCAGGGAAGGAUGGAUUUACAGGCCAACCAGGGCUUCCUGGAGGCAAAGGUGAACCAGGCUUUCCAGGGUUACCAGGAAGUCCAGGUUUGCCUGGUUAUGGGAAACAAGGCUUUCCAGGACCAAAAGGUCAAAAGGGACACAAUGGUUUUCCUGGAUCGCUGGGUACAAAAGGAGAAAAAGGUCAUGGAGGCCUUCCAGGCAUGAAUGGUCCUUCAGGUUCUAGUGGUAGACCUGGUCCACCAGGCCCAAUGGGGCCCUCGGGUAGUAUUGGGUUCCCAGGACAGAAGGGAGAAGAUGGUGACGGUGGGCCAAAAGGAAAUCCUGGAUUAAAAGGGGAUUUAGGAUUACAAGGCCAUCCUGGACAGCAAGGCUUCAUAGGUGAGGUAGGGCAACCUGGACUGAGAGGAUUUCAAGGACCAACUGGCCCCAAAGGCGAACCAGGUAACAGGGGUUUAUUUGGCCCUCCUGGUACAGCAGGAAUACCUGGGCCUAGAGGAGUGGCAGGACAAUCUGGUGAUAAAGGCCCCCAGGGACCACAAGGAAUUCCAGGACUUUCAGGACCAGGUGGACCAAUUGGACCUCCUGGAAUGCCAGGUCAAAAAGGAGAAACAGGCCCUCCUGGGGUACCUGGCUAUCCUGGUGAGGGAAUACCUGGACCUGCUGGUCAGAUUGGUCCUAAGGGAAGCUCUGGCCCUCUCGGGCCUCACGGAAUACCUGGCCAACCAGGCCAACCUGGACCACCUGGACCUCCAGGACCCCCUGCGACAUACCCUGACCUUGGACACACUCUUCCACUAUCGGGUCCAUACAAUGGUCAACAACAAGCAUUCAAAAAGACAAAGAAUGGUGGUUACACCGGUGAAAAUGUCUUGGAGAUACCAGCGUUCACUGUAAAGCGCAUCGAUCCUUUCCCUCCUGUUGGGUCUCCUGUGAUUUUCGACAAAGUCUUGCACAACAGUAAUCAGGACUACAGUCCUCAAAGUGGUGUUUUUACAUGCAGCGUACCCGGAGUUUACUAUUUUGCUUACCAUGUCCACUGCAAAGGGAGUAAUGUUUGGGUGGCACUUAUGAAGAACAAUAAGCCCAUGCUGUACACUUACGAUGAGUGCACCAAGGGCUUGCUAGAUCAGGCAUCAGGCAGCGCUGUCCUCCCUUUACAGCAGGCUGACACUGUGCAUGUACAGCUCCCAUCUGACCAGGCAGCAGGACUUUAUGCUAGUCAGUAUGUCCAUGCAACAUUUUCUGGACACUUAUUGUACCAAUUUAAUUGAAAACACUUGCAUGAUUGAAGCAGAAAAUGUAGAAAUUACAGUCAGCAAAAAGGUUUUGCUGUGCUAUUGCAACAUAGUCACAAUAUUUGUUUGAUAUUGCAAUAAAAUCAUUACAUCUGUAUUUACAAAGAACAAAGUGACUUUUACCCAAAAGCGCUGAACGGUCUUAUGUUCGGGUAUCUUAUUACUUCCGAACAGUAACUACCUUCACUUCCAUGAAUUUAUUUAAUAGUUUCGAGGGAGGAAAUAAAACACUAAUGAUGGAGAUCUCUAUCUCAUUUUUUUCUUUCAUCUGCAUAUGCAUAUUACAAAACAGAAAUACUUGAUUCAUACUGCAGAAUCAACUGUUUUUCUUUGUCAUUCAAACAAUUACUUUUUGGAUUUUACAAGGCAUACUGUAUAUUGUACAUGCACAACAUGGCAGGUAUUAAAUCGCAGCUAUAUGGUUUGAUACAGGAUUGUCAGUCUUGACUUGUGGAUGCAAAGUAGAAAAACUUGGCAUUUCAGUGUUUUGCCCAAAGAAAGGUUGUUGUACUAAUAACUGCAGUUAAACAUUUUUCCUUUUGUCAAUCAAUAUUGGAAGGUUGUCGUUUUACUUCUAAAAUGAAAUACCUCUUGAAGGUUUUGUUGAAAAAUAUGUUUGACUAAUGGUUAUUUCCUGUAAAACUUAGGCAUAGCAAACUAAUUAUU